CUAGCAUCUAACUCGCGGCCUUUCUUUCCUGCUCAAAAGCACAACCCGCACCUUUCACCCGAAUGAGUUCUGAAACCGACGCCCCUCAGAUCACUCUCCAUUGGCUAGAAAAGUCGCGUGCCCAGCGGAUACUGUGGCUCCUCGAGGAACUCAACGUGCCCUACGACAUCAAGACCUACAAACGCGACCCGAAAACAAUGUUCGCCGACCCUGCACUCCAGGCCAUCCAUCCCUUAGGGAAAGCCCCGGUCCUAACUAUUGGGGAUUACACGAUCGCCGAGUCCGCUGUGAUUGUCGAAUAUCUCGGCGAGCACUUCCAGUCCUCGUCGACCAUCAUUCCCCCGAAGUGGAAGCCUGGACUCGAGGGGAAGCUGAACGGGGAGACGGAGGAAUACAAGCGCUACCGAUAUUUCAUGCACUACGCAGAAGGCUCUCUGAUGCCGUUCAUCCUCGUCUCGCUCGUCAGCAACGACAUCAAAAAAGCGCCGGUUCCGUUCUUCAUCAAGCCAAUCACCUCGCAAAUCUCAGCCAAGAUCAUGAAAGGCUACGUCAGCCCCAACUACGAUAUGAUUGUCGCGUUCCUCGAGGAACAGCUGGCUACCGCACCAAAUGGCGGACCCUUUCUCUGCGGAGACAAGCUUACUGGGGCAGACAUCAUGAUGAGUUUCCCAAUCUUGGUUGCCACUCGAGCGACCGAGCUCAUCGGAAUGGAUAUCACAAGAGCAACACACCCAAAUUGUUUGCGUAUGCGGAUGCCCUCGAGGCGAGCCCGAGCUACAAGAAAGCAGUGGAAAAGGUCAUUGCUCUCGAGGGCGAAUACAGUUUGGUAUAAUUCGAUUACCUGUGCGGUUCAAGCUCCAGCGGACUACUAUCAAUUUUGAUUAUUGGCCCAAUGCACAUCCGUACACAGUAUUUGCGACGUGCCGCCAAUUAUGACGAUCAACGGCAAACUCUUGCGCAUAUUCAACUUCGAGAUGAUGCAGCCGUUUCCCAACAAUCACCAAGCUAGUGCCCGCUAUGAUCCGCUCUUCGGUCCCACCACCAACGCGAGAAAGCGCAACCGCAAGAGUGGAGGCCCC